CAGUUAAUGCUGUCUUUCCGACAGAAUCUGUAUUGUGGGGGUUCACGUGGAAUUUCAACAUUGGAACAUUCAAACGCAUCUCAAUCUUGUAGGGUUCUUAUCUUGUUUUCUUACAUGAUCAUUACCAUCACACGUUGUUGCUUGAUCGUUUUCCCCAUCAAGGUCAAUGCUGCAAAAUCAACCGAAGAUGUGUUUUGAGGAAGUCAAAGAUGUAUUUGCAUCUUAUACUCAUCCAAACAAACAGUUUUCGGUAUAGUCCUCUUACGGAUUUUGUGUAUUAGUUAUCAUCAGUGCUUGGUUUGGCCUCUAUAUUUGUCACCAUCACAGACUAGUCUCGCCGAACAAAACAAAAGACAGACUUCCAAGUCCACUUGCCUUUUCGUGUACGUUGGGUUUAUAAAUGUGUGCUUAUGUAUAUGCAAGUAUCUCUACAUUUUAGAUGUUUGCAUUAUGACACAGCCACAUAAUAUUCAUAGAUUGGCCCAUGAACACUUUGCCUUCAUCUGAUUAUGUAUCCAAGUUUCGCUCACAUCAGCCAGCCCAAUCCCACUAAUGUAAUAAUAUCUUCGAUCUUGUUAUUUACACUCCUCCUUUAGUCCCCUCAAAAACAUUACACAUUCAUUGCAUUUAUUACUAAUUAUAUGCAUUUAAGAUUACAAGUAUAUCAAAUCCACUAUAAUCUAAAAAAUUCAUAUAAUUAGCAAAACCUAUGCAAUGAAUGUGGACUCUGAACAGAAACACCAUGAGUGGUUCUUAUUGAUUGCUAUAAAUUACGGACUUUUACAAUUUGGACUGAUAUGAUCCUUUUUUAAAUAUUUUCUUGUAUUUUUCCAAAGUUAGAAAAAGGCAAGUCGAUGACGCAGCUAAGCAUAAGAAGAAAAAAAGGACCGAAACAACCAAGAAACUCACGUGGAAAUCACUACAUGUGACACAUUUUGUUAAAAGAUGACAAAGAUCUUCCUUACAGAUUUGUGUGUGUUUGUUUAUUCCAGUUUGAGAGAGGAUACUGAUGAUAGCGUUUGCUUUGUCGGUAUAUCAUUUAGGGUUUUUUGCGUUCGGCAGCAUCUCAAGUCAAUUAUAGACCAAAGACAUCGACUUAUCAAUCAUAUAUGCUUGCCUUUCUCUUUCCAGCGUGCCUCCAAUCUGAUAUAUAAAUGAAUGUUGCACACGUAUAUAUAUAUGCCUUGAGUUAUUUAUUUAUACAUUUUUUUUUUGAUAAUUUUGAUGUGAUCCCAAAGGCUUUUUAGGUCCAAGAACUAAUCACCAAAAAGCCCAUAAAAUCCGGAUUUUCUUGCCAAUUAAAACAUCUAUGAGUGGUCAAAGAAAAUCGAAUCUAGGGUGGAAACUCCAACUGUACUCUUUAAGCCAAAACCACUUGGUUAUAAUUCUUAUAUCUUCAUGUUAAUAAUUCGAACCUAUUUCCUGUUUCGGGAUGAUUAAUAUAUAAAUAUUUAUUAGAAAAUGUUAAUAAUUCUAGAAAUAUUUAAGAAUGAACAGAGAAGUCCGAAAUAAUUUAUUAAGGAAUUAGGGGUUAUGGACUCCACGCUUUCCAGGCUUUCAUGCAAGUGGUAUACAUACUUGCUGCCGAUGGGAUAUAUAUUUAUUUUAUUACUUAAUCACUUUUUUGUCAGCUUCACUUUAAGAAACCGAAAACAUGUGUUUAGACCAUGAUCAAUGGGGUCUCUCAAAAAGAAGGCUAUUUUAGUGUAAUUAGGAAUUAAAAAAAAUAGUUUUUAACUAAAAAACACUAAAAAAACAUAUCAUAAAUAAGAGAUAUAAAAUACAUCUCUAGCAGAAAAAUGUUAAAUCAUGUUCUAAGAACUUUAUUAGAAUCUCUCUCGUUAAUUACGCUCUUAUGUAUCAGUAUCAGCCAUGUGUAAAAAAAAACAGGACUGGUUAUUAAUUACUUUUGAUAUAUAGCUUAUGCAAGUGGUAAUCGCGUUUAAUCAAAAAAAAAGUGGCAACCGAUAGCAGUUACUAUUUGAAAUUAGUUUUCAUAAUCAACAGAUGCAUUAACUAGGGAUUCAUAUGAAACCAUUUUAUUUUAUUUUUGUCAACGAAACCAUUUCAUUUAUCAAAGGAAUCCGAAUAACUAAUUGACUCGCAUUAUAUAUCGACCACCCUCCUUCUAUACGUUAAUGUUAUACUAUAGUUAUAUAAGAAAAGAGUGAUGGUAAAAAAUCAAUCUCUCGACACCAAUAGAACAAAGAAUAUAUUUUAUUUUCACUAAUUAAUAAGUAUGUCAUGAUUGUAUAUAUGUAUGCAUGUGUAGCCGUAUAUGUUCAUACUAAUUGAAGAUACGAUGUAAGUGGUAAAGAGAGAGAGAUAGAGGACAAAACAAAGUGGAAUCCGAAUCUCUCUCACUCACCUCUGAUCUUUUCCCAAACGGCUCGAGCACUAGUCGUUGUCGCCAAAUCCUUACCACGUACAACCUAAUGCUAAACAACAAAAUUCAAUAAUACUAGUCUAAGAAAAUUAACUAGACACUUAUCACAUAUGUAUUUCUGAUAAUAGAAAUUUAAAAAUUUAUGAAGCUCGGCCCUAGUCGUUCAACGAUAUCACUAUACUCCAUACGAGUGAUUAAUUAUAUCCUUUAUAUUUCUCGUUAGCGUCUAACACGUGAUUUUAGAUUUGAAAACUAGUUGGUGUUUCGACUUAUGAUUUCCGAUUACUAUAAUAAUGCAAUAGCCUUUUAAGCAAAAAAAAAAAGUAAAAUAAUGUUACACCAAAAAAAAAAAGUAAAAUAAUGCAAUAGACCUAGCACUUUGUGUUUCAAUUAUUAUUAUUUUUCAAUUAUAUUACAUUAUGUUUUCUCAAUACUGAAGAAUAAAAGUAUGAUGGUUCUUUUGACGUUUAUAUUUGUGUUUGCAUUCUUGAACUCUCAUGUUAUAAUAUCCUAAUCAUUAAAAAUAAAACAUAGGAACAUAGCCCCUAUAGCUCAGUUGUAUUUCUCGGAAAAUAAAAUAAGCUCUGAAAACAAUACCUUCCUUUCCUCGUUAUUUCAAAAAAAGAAAGAAUAAUAAAAUAAAAUAACAAACAUGUGGCCUGACAUUCUUCACUAGCACUAACAUCACUUUUUCCUUGACGCGUUUAACCCAUCAAGUGAGACGCAUUACAAAUAAUGAAAAGAAAGUAGAGUGAGUGAUUAGUGUAUGGAGAUGUGCAAGAGGAAUAGAUGUCACUGUCUUCACAAUGGAGAAAAAUUACAUUCAAUCAAAAUAAAGUUUGUUUCACUCAUCUUUCACGUCCCAUCCUUUUCCUCGUUUUGUUUCCACAAAAACAUAUUUAUAAUUAUUAAUUUUCAGACAAUUUAAAAAAUGCGAAUGGGCGUGUCGUAAGGGGCGGAUUUGCCGUGAAUUUUGGUGAUCACAGCCACUUUCAUGUCACUAUAUCGUAACAAAAUUGAGCAUAUAGACGUUUGAAGUAAACCCAUUGUCCCAUAUCGUCUUGUUAGUUGUCUUUUUUUUUUUUGACACACUAUUUUUCAUGCGUUAAUAAUGCCCUUUUGAAAUCUUUUCUUAAAGAUCAUAUGUAUAUACCAUUCAAGAUCAUAUCAAUGGUGUGGAUAUAUUCCUGGAAGCCGAGUUGAAGAAAACAAAAUUAAAACACCUCACAUGUGGUUACAUCACAGUCCUUCAACACCAAACUUUUAUAUAUGUACGACUCUAUAUGACACUCUUUAGAAUGGAUACAUUGAGUAGUGAUAGGUGAAUGUACGAUCGGAAUAAAUUGUACAAUCCAAGAGGUUAUCUUCAAAGAUUGUUUCCCCAUUAAGAAGAUUGUUUCUUUAAUUAGAAUAAGUGGAAGGUAGACAUCUCCUCCUAAAAUCAAGUAUACUAAUCCACGGCUAGGGGUGGGCAUAUUGGUUUAGUUUUGGGUUCAGUUUGGUUUGGUUAAUUUGGGUAAAAUUCAACCCAAUCAAAACCGAAGUAGUAUGGGUUUGGUUUUGGGUUUAGUUUGAUUUGGUUUAGUUCGGUUUUUUGUUUAGAUUUAGUUCGAUUCACUUUAUUAUAGUUUAGUAUUGUUCGGUGUUAUAAAAUGUGUUGGUAUUAGUUUGAUUAAAAGACUAUUUGUAUCUACCUUCGGUUUUUAUUGAUCCUAGAAAAACUUAUGUUAGACAAUCUUAUUUUUAGACAAUGAAAAUUGAAGAAUCUAUGAUGGAUCGAAACGUCGACACAAACUUAGAUGCUUUUGGUUUUUAGGUUUUGUUUUUAGUACAAUCUCUAGGUAUUACACAUUAUGAUUAUAAUUAUAGAAUAUAUAUAAUAGUAUUAUUUGCAAUCAUAUUUGAGAACUUAAAAGAAUAUAAAAAUUAAGAAAAAAAGAAAAACGGAAUUUUUACUAAAUAUUUCAUAUGUUAAUCCUAAUGUGUUAUUUAUUAAUAGAUAAAAACAUUUUGGGUUAUCGGUUUGUUCUUUGUAAAACCAAACCAAACCAUUCAAGUUGAAUAAAACAUGAACCAAUUGGGUUAUGUAAAAAAUACGGUUUGGUUUGGUUGGAUUGGUUCAGUUUCUUUUUUUUUCACUCCUAGUAAUUGAUAGAAUGUAUUGAUUAUACAAGUAGAUUAUUGUUCACAAUAAAUGGAAGGCAUAUACUACUUGGUUAUAGAAAACCACAUCCAUUUAUCCGUGUAUAAUGAAGUCUGAAUGUCUGAUCACGAAGAGGAAUAUUAUUGGUGUAUUAAGACUUAAAAAUUCGCCUAAUAAUUUUAUUCAUUUUUUUUGUUCACAAAAAUAUUCAUUCAUUUGAAGUUUAAAACCAGCAUAGUUAUCUAACACUACUAAAAGCAAAAUAAGAAGAGCAUACAGGCUAUCCACGUCGGAUUUUUUAUUUGGCCAAUCAGGUUCUUUUUUUUUUACACGUCAGACUCGGGUUUGCCUUUUGCCCGAAGUCGAGUAAGAGAUUUCGUGGGCUUCUGAUUUCUCUUUGGGCUUUAAGUUUGAUUCGGGCUUCUUUGUGUUUUUUGUGUAUCGCGAGGAGAAUCAUUUAGGUGAGCCGACAUCUAAACGAGAAGCUUCUCCUCACCAUUACCGCUUCGUGUUCUUCGAUCAAAAAGAGAACCGUAGAUUCCAUCGAUUCAAUCCUAAGCUAUCAAUAAAUGCAAAACCCUAGAAAAACUCAGAUCUCAAGAUAUGGCGAUGAAACGAAAUGGAAAGUCUCCUGCGUCUUCCGAGUCUGACGAAUCAGUGAUGUUCUUCAGAGAUGUCUCUCUCGGUCCCCAUGAAACCCGGUUGCGAUUCCGACUCAUCCAUUUCUGGGAGGCUCAGAACCCGGUGAAGAAGACCCUUAUUGGUCUGGAAAUGCUUCUCAUCGACGAGCAGGGAACUGUCAUUCAAGGAUUCAUCCCACCAGGUCGUAUUAAGAAAUACCUGCCUGAGAUGAAGCGAGGUUCAGUUUACGAACUCAUCAACUUCUACGGAUCGAAGAACAAACCGAUGUAUCGGGUUGCUGAUCAUAUCGCAACCGUGUCCUUCGCAUGGAACUCUGAGUUGUCGGUUCUUCACGACAUUCCAAUCCCUUUUGAUGAAGACCGUUUCAGGAUGCAUUCGUAUGAGGAUUUUGAGGCCAACUGUGAUCUCAAAGGUGACCUCUACGAUGUUCUUGGCCACAUGAAGCUGGUUGAUGGACAGGCUCUUACCGAGCGUCCCACCAUUGAUGAAGCGAAGCUCGCUACCACUCGGCACAUUAUGGUUCACGUGCAAUCACAUGAAGGACCUGUUAUGAAGCUUUACCUCUGGGACCAGGCAGCAACGGACUUCUGCAAGAAGUUUAAGUCCUAUGAAAACACUCCCACAGUUCUUUUGGUCACAGCUGUUAACACUAAACGUCUCGGAGGUAACCUGGCACUGAGUUCUAUGUCUCCCACACGGGUUUUCAUGGACUAUGAUGUGCAACCAACAAUUGAUUACUUCGCGUGGCUCUCCUCGAACCCAGAGAUUGCUAAGCAGGUUAGUGCAGAGGUGGUCACUAAGCGGGAGACGAUGACCAUAUCUGACAUCUUCUCCUACAUGACUCUGGAAUCUGCAAAGGAUGCCUUUUUUGAGUGCACUGCCACGAUUGAUGAUGUGGUUCAUGGAUCUGCUUGGUACUAUAUUGCAUGCACUGGGUGUCAUAGUAAGGCUACCAAAGGCGCAAAUUCAUUGAUUUGCACGAACCCAAGAUGUGUGAAGGAUACCACAGCUGGAGUUGCACAGUACCGUGCAAAGAUUUCGGUCUAUGACAGCAGUGAACAAGGUUUCUUUGUCCUGCUUGGUGAUGCUGGUUUUCAGUUGACUGGGAGGCAUGCAUCUGAGUUGGUCAGCAGCUACUUUGAGGCCAAUAAAGACAAAGGUCCUGACCAUGAAGUGCCUGUCCCGGAAGCUCUGAUCAGCAUAGUCGGACAGACCCAUAAGUUCUGUGUAAAAGUUACAGACCACAACUUCUCUGGCAACACCCGAGCAAUCACUGUGACCAAGAUCCUCCCUCCGGAGACAUCAUCACCCACAAAAGGCUCCGUUGAUAACGCUAUUGCUGCAACAUCCAUGGAAGCAGUGCAGACUGGAAGUGAAGUGUGUGGGCCUUCAAAAAGCCGUGGAGAUUCUGCAGAUGAAGAGAGUAAGAGAACGUUUGACAGUGUUGAUCCAGAGAAAGUCAAACGGGCAAGGUGUGAGAAAUAAUGAUUCAGUUCGAUAAUUCUUAAGUCUUUGCAUUGAACUUCAAGUACUAUGUUGGUUUUUGCAAGUUUGCUUCAGUUUGGUACUAUUUUGGUUUUUAACAACACUUUGCUUUGUUUCUUUUCAUUUCAAACUUUGGAUUUUAAUCGAUUAAACUAUCCUUCCUAUAUAGUUUACUCAGAUCAAUUGUUUUCAUGUUUAAAUUCCUUUAUAUACACCAACUGAUUUGGCCUCAUCAAUAUCUUGCUAGACUUAUUUAUUUCCAUAAUCCAUACACAAUUUGAACUCCACGUAGCCAUCACACACGCAUAUCACACAGCAUGAAGAUUUUAGAAUAUUUUACAUUUAUGAAAUUUCUUAAAAUCCCAUAUUCCUUAUGAUCCUAUAUUUAUGUUAAAACCAAGCUAAAUAGGAAAGUAAUAAAUUCUCCUUAAGAAAGUUUGCUUCGGACAUUAUAAUCCCAUAUUACUUAUGAUCCUUAGGAAGGAAAAAAGACAGAAAAUCAAACUCUCCCAAUUAUUCACUUGCGUUAGAAAGAAGGAGACUCGAGAAAGACAAAGACCUCAUCUGUUUCUUCUACACUUCCAAGCAAUAUUCGUCUGGAACAAGUUGGUGGUGCGGAUCUCUGUUUUACCGGUAUGGAUAGCCUCCCCAAUAAUCAGCCCAUUGAAGUGUCAGGUAAAUACCAAAUCCCUGCAUGAUUCUCUUAAACAAAAGAAAAUUAGAAGCAUCCCGUAGCGUUUAUAAUUAUUUUUUACCAAUGAGUAUGAAUAUCCAAACUAUAUUUAACCACAAGUUGGUUUGGAUGGCAGUUCUACUCAUUCGGCAUAGAAAGUUGCAAAGCAACAUUAUAAUUCAAAUUUUUUAUAUAAGAACUAUCCAGAACGUUUUAUAAGACUAAAUAAAUAAUACAAUGUCAUCCUUAUAAUUUUUUACGUUUUUUACUACGUUGGAAUUAUUCCUUAUGAAUAGAAGGGAUGAUUCUAUAGUCAAUGAUAUAUAGUGGCUAUGUAAAUCACGUUUUGUAAAAAACCAGUAUAUUGUAUGCUAAGUUGCUUCGUCUAUACAGACAAGCUUUAAUUAUAUAUAUACUUAAAUAUCACGAAUGUUAAUUUCAAUUUUUCACGAAAAUAGUAUAUAUAUUAGUUUCCCAGUCUUCACAGCGAUAUGUCUCGAGUUUUUUUUUAGUUUGAGUUUUAAGGACUUGAAAGUUAUAUAUAUAUAUAUAUAUUUAACUUACAUCAAAAGUAAUAUACAAAUACUGUGUUUCAGUGCCGUGCGAAGGUUUUUGGAGGCCCGAGGCGAGUUAAAUAAAUUUUACAUGAUUUUUUUUUUUGAAAAUAUUUUUAUUUAAAUUCGAAUUAUAUAAAGUUUUUUUUUUUGAAAAAACAUAUAUAUAUAUAUAUAUAACACUAAAAAGUUUUGAUAUAUUACCUUAACAUUUUCUAAAUUUUUAUAAACUAAAAACCAAACUAUAAAUUUUUAGCGUUUUGGAUUGAAAUGUUGGUCGCUGUUAAAAAUUUUAAUAUUAGCAUUUAAAUUAAAUACAAUAAACUAUAUAUUCAAAAUAUUAUAAAUUUUUAAUCAAAUUCUAUAAAUAUAUAAAAUAAAUUUAACUCAUAAUAUAUACAAAGAAGACAAAUAUGGAUCAAAUAUUUAUAGUUAAUUUGAAAUAGAAUCUUUAUAGUUUUAUAUAAAAUAUUGUAAAAUUGAUCACAAAUUAGUUAUUUUAAACACAAGUCAAAUUUAGAAUCAAAUAAUAAUAAAAAUCUAACUAAAAAAAUACAUUAAAUAUCAAGUAAUUUUUUUUUUUUUGUAAUUAGGGGCCCUAAAUAUUUUACAAAAUUUGGGGGCCGUAGGCGAAUGCCUUUUUAAAUCCAUGUGUGUAAUAAAUAUAGUUAGAAAUUCAUGUACCUUAUUACAAUUUUUAAAUCGAAUGUUUUUUAGUGACAUCUUCAAUGCAACACAUUCCCCAAAGAAUCCACGAACUUCAAGAAGGGGUUUCAGUGCGUCCUAUCAUAGUAUGUAUAAGAAAUGUUUGGGACAUCAAAAAACACCAAAUAGAUAAUACUCGAACUUCCAUCGGCUUCCUGUGCUACGACCACCACGUAAGCCUUUUCUAAACUUCUAUAUAUAUAUAUAUAUAUAUAUAUAUAUGUUUUCCAAUCCACCAUAUUUGAUUUAAAUAACUCACUGCUUACUUAAUUGGAUUGGCACACCAAAAUUUGAUCACACCCAGGGACAACUAUUAGAAGGUCGGGUCACCGGAGACAUUCAGCCAGAUGAUCCAAAAAACUUAACCGAAGGAGAUACAUAUGAGUUCUCGAGAUUUUCUGUCAUACAUAAUUCCCGACAACGGAAACUCACCCAACUGCCUUACAAUAUUCAGAUCAACCAAAAGACAAUAGCAUUGAAUGUUACACUCGAUUGUCCGAUAUUUCCAGUUCACAGUUUAUCUCCUCAGAAAUACAGAAAUCUAUUGCGGUUGGCCAUUUUGCCCACACACUUACCAGGUAAAUAUGUCAUCCCAGUAUUAAUUAAACAAAUAUGUAUAUUUAUUCUAAAAUAAAUGUGCAGAUGUCGUCGGACAGAUAGUCAUAAUACAAAAAAUAAAACCUCACCACCCGGAACUCAAUAUUGAUGCCACGAUUGGCCUACGGCUGAACAGGUUAGUUUAACACAAUAGUUAACAACAGAAUAAUUAUUAUCUUCAUACCACAUCUCUAUCUCAGGUCAACGAUCGUCAAACUCAUAUUGUGCGACAAGCAAGCAGCAGAUUUUAGCAUCCUAUAAAGUAAGAAAGAUAGAAAAUUUAAAGUUAUGAUCGUCACAAGCUUAAUUCCUAAACUAAUCCAAGGUAAAUAAUUCUAUAUAACACAUCAAAAAAUCAUACAUAUAUAAUUUUUUUAUUUAACAGCAUAAGAAUAAUAUCCAAUAUUUUGCAGGCAAACUUAUACUCCGUUCAACACCAGCAACAAUUUUCUACUUCAACAAAUCAAUUGAUUACAUAAAGCAUUUCAAAAGGCGAAUAAGGGAUUACGCAAAAACAUGCAGCACGGAGUGACCCUAUUUCAUGCAUCAUUCGGAUUAUUAUUCUCUCUCUCACAAAUUUGAUACCUAGAUUUAUUUUCAUAUAAAAUUGUUUUAUGAUUCCUUUCCUUUAAAACCCUACUUCUAUAUAAUACUUAAAAAAGGCGAUGUCUAGAUGUGAUUGAGCAAGAAGAAAGAAUAAUAGAUGAUGAAAUUUCAAAUAGAUUUUAAAGACCUUUAAUUUAUGUAAUAUUACAAAACUCCAAAUUCGUUUAUUACAAUAAAAAUUUUACCAACAUAUAUAUUAAAAUAAUAUUCUGAAACGAUAUUCAACUGUAAGUUUUCAACAAUUACACGUUUAAAAAAUAUUAUUAAGUAUGCUUCGUUUUUUGAAAAUUGGGUGUUUAUAUAUUAAAUAGGUUAUUGGAAUACUUUUUCUUUUGCUGAAUUUAUUCGAAAUAAGACUCCGACCUUUUGAAAUAAGAGAAUUUAUGUUAUAUACAUAAAUUCAGGACAAAACUCUAAAAUUUAUGUUAACGAUUAUCGAGGAUCAGGUGCUAACAACCGUCACACUCCAAGAUCAUAUUGCCCUGAUUGCUAAUUUAUUAUAAUGUAGAGCACCUACAAAAAUUGUACUAAUAAUCACUAUUUUAUAUGUUAUGUAUCAAGAUUUAACAUGAUGGAAUCUUAAUCUAAAAGGCUAUGCGAAGAUAUCAAAUAUUAUUUUAAGACUCCAACUUUAUGAAACCCAUGUCUAGAAAGGUCACUUUUUCGGGUUAUGUAAUUAAACGAUUUCGCAAUUAACUUUAGCUAACGUUAUGUCA